UGCGUUACAGGUCACUUCCGGGUUCUCGCGCGAGCGUAAUCUCAGGUAAAAGCGGGAGAGGAAAAAACAAACCCUGUAGUUUUGCUUCAAUGGCGGCGACUGAAGAAGAAACCCAAAUGAGGACCAUAUCAGAACUGUCGGACCAAGCAAUCCGGCAUUACGAGGGCCUGAGAAAAGAGCACGAGAAAACCAAAACAGAGUGUAAGCAGCUGAAGCAGGAGAGAGAUGAGGCCUUGCAGAAGCUGGAAGAUUUUGAAAGAGUGUCACAUAAGGUGCUGCAGGAGGUCAGCAGUAUGCAGCAGAACCUGGAGGUCGAGAAGACCUGCAGGGAGACGGUCGAGGCCCUGGCAACUAAGCUGAACAGACAGAACCGCUCUCUAAAGAGGAAAAGUAUGAUGUAUAUGGCUCAUCUAGAUGCCAACGUCGUCGCCGAAAUCAACCUGACUGACAACGAGGAUGAGGAAAAUCAUCAGGAGGAGGGGCCUGGGGUGUGUAGCUCCUCCCACUGCCAGCUUGUCAUCUCUGAGCUGAGGAAUAAAUUAGAGUCGGCUCUAGAGGAGAAGAAGCGGUUAGCCAUCGAUCUGGACACGACAAAAGAUCAGCUCCGUAAAACCCGAGAGGAACUCCUGCGAGAAAAACACGAUAAUACUGUUUUGAUUGCUGAAAAGCUCCAACAAAAGAAGCUCUUGGGGAAGUAUAACAGAGUGUCUCGGUAUGCGGUGGAGGAGUACGAGGCCUUGCAGGCUGAUCUGGAGCUGGAGAAGGAUUUACGUGUAGAGGCAGAGAAUUUUGCACACAAGAUGUUGGUGGAGCAGAAGAAGCUGAAGAGACAAAGUCAGGCCCUGAUGCAGAGUGUGUCACCUUCUGAAGCUCUGGAUAAUGCUCUUAAAGAGAUCAGCGCACUCACACACACCAUGGAAACACAGCGGUUGGAGCACCAACGACAGCUGAAGCGUUUGGAGGAUGAACUGCACGGCUCCGAGUUGCAGAAGCAGCUGGCUGCGUUGGAGAGGAAGACCGUGGUGCUGGAGGAAGAGAGAAGAGAGUGUAUGGAGAAAUGUUCCAGAACUGAGACCGAGGCCAAAGACCUCCGCUUCACCGUGGAGGAACUGCAGAAAAAGCUACAGCAGGUGUCAAAUCCUGUACCUGCCCUAGCUCCUCCUCCUCCUCCUCCCCCACCUCCUCCCCCUCCCCCUCCUCCACCUUCAGUCUCAAACAACCCUCUCAGCUCACUCAUGUCAUUGCUUCGUAAGAAAAAAGGCGCCAAUAGCGACAUUCCUUUAGUAGAGAAAGACGCCGCGCCGAAAGAUCCAGAGAAGGACAUUAGGCAGCAGGCUGUGUCAGAGAUGAUGGAAAGAAUUAAAAAAGGCAUUCAGCUCCGGCCAGUUGGCCAGACAGUCAUCAAGGCCACGCCACAACAGAGAGAACGAAUACCGUCCGGCUCUGCCAUUCAGGAACUUAAAGGGAUUUUGACCUCUGUGAAACGCGACUCACCCUGCCCCUCCCCUCCUGCAAGACCGUCCUCUCCAGAACCACAAUCUGAACUCCAGAAAGUCCUAAUGAAACGGCGAGGUGUGCUGGAGACAGCAAACGAUAACACAUUACCAGCUCAGCCCUUUCCCAGCAGUGUUCUGGACCUGACCCGGAUUAAGAUCGGACCCACCAGUGCUGGCAAGAGUGCCAAUAAUCACAUCAUGCAACACUGACACCUCAACACCCAAACACACCUGAGCUGACAUUGGGGGAGAUGAGAUGACUGACGGACUGAUGAAGCAGACUGGAUAAUAAAACGGACGCAAAGCUGCACUUUGCCCAACUACUCGAAUAGUUGUAAAAAAAAGACGAUAAGUACAUUUUAUUUAGUAUGAAAGAUAAUUCAUUGUUAAUCAAAGCUUUUGUCAUUGAUACCAUGUGUAUCAGUAUCACUAAUCAGCUUAUACUUGUGUUUAAAUUAAGCAGGAUAUUUUUUUUAUAACUGAGAACUUCUUAGAUUACAAAGGAAGUUUAAAAUGCACGUUUAACAUCGUGGAUACUUUGGGGUCAGUAUAUUAUAUAGCUGGUAAUAUUACUGUGAAUAACUUGUGUGUAAAUGUUAAAUGAAGAAGCUUGAAUGUCAUGUACGUGAUGCUGAAAUGACAGAAUUAGCGAAUUAGGUUUUUGAGCCAAUUUUGUAAAAAAAAUAUAUAUUUGGUUUUUUUUUUACAGGUUUACAAUGUAAAUUGUAACGCAUUUUAAUACAAACAUCUUUUAUUUCAAAUUAUAUAUCAAACCAGAUAAUUAUAAAUGCAAUACAUAAACCAUCCAGGAAAAAGAAACUCCCUUUGCUAUUUGUUACAGCGUGUUGAUGAAGUUGGAACGUGGUGUAUGUUAUCAGGUUGCCUGUUCCGUCUGUGUUACUUCUUCCUCAGGCUUGCUUUCACACGGCAGCUUCACCUCCCGCAUACCUGCUUAAUAAAAACGCAAACGCA